UCUCCGAUCGUUGUCUGUCUGUGCGCGGCGUCCGUACGAUUACGCGUAGUCGCUCUGUAUUCUGGGCAGCUUGAGAAGGAGGUGACGAACUCGGACUUCUCCCCUGCCACCCUGGGAGACGUCCCAGGGAUCCGGAGGGCCCAAUUUUUGGGGCCUCAAGUGUUUUUGAAGAAUAAGCCCAAAAACAUGACUCCAGCAGGGACAAAACCCAAGAAGGUCUUACCACCAGAGGAUUCACCUCUUAUAGACCUGAUGACUGAAGAACCCCCACCUUACAAUCCCCAACCUUUACCAGCUCCAGGUCCCAUCCAGUUUUCCUCAGAAGAAGAAGAACAACAAGAGGGCCCAACCGCCAAUGCCCCUCCGGGCCCAUCCCCCAUGGUGAAGAGACUUCGCGGGCGCCGAGAACCUACCACCCCAGGGGAUGCUUCAAGGGCUUUCCCCUUGCAGCAGACGGGAGGUCCUAACGGCCAAUAUCAGUACUGGCCUUUCUCUGCCUCCGAUCUUUAUAACUGGAAAACCCACAAUCCCUCCUUUACCAAUGAUCCUGUAGCCCUAACUUCCCUGAUUGAAUCUAUUUUAGUGACUCAUCAACCAACAUGGGACGACUGUCAGCAGCUUUUGCAGACUCUUCUCACUUCAGAGGAGAAACAAAAAGUUCUCUUAGAGGCCCGUAAAAAUGUGCCGGGAGAUGAUGGGCGCCCUACCCAACUCCCAAAUUUGAUCAAUGAAGCUUUUCCCUUAACUCGACCAGAUUGGGAUUAUAAUACUGAUGCAGGUAGGAACCACCUACGUCUCUAUCGCCAGUUACUCAUAGCGGGUCUCCAUGGAGCAGGGCGACGGCCCACCAAUUUGGCCCAGGUAAGACAAACCACCCAGGGUUCAGAGGAAACUCCGACCGCAUUCCUAGAGAGACUAAAAGAAGCCUAUCGGAGAUACACUCCUUUCGACCCCGAUAGUGAGGAUCAGAAGGGAAACGUAUCUAUGGCUUUCAUUUGGCAAUCCGCUCCAGAUAUUAGGACCAAGUUGCAAAGGUUAGACAACCUACAAGACUUUACUCUAGCAGACUUAUUGAAGGAAGCAGAAAAGAUUUUUAAUAAGAGAGAAACCCCAGAGGAAAAGGAAGAAAGGAUCAGAAAAAUGCAGGAAGAAAGAGAUCUUAAGUUUAGAGAAGAAUUAGAAAGGAGAGAAAGAGAAAAAGAUCGAAAACAUAAUAAAGAAUUAAGUAAGAUAUUGGCCACUGUAACUCAGGCAGGACAACGAGGAGAUAAAACAGGUAGGGAAAGGGAACGAAGCAAACCCCGUGUAGACCGGGACCAAUGUGCCUACUGCAAGGAGAAAGGACAUUGGGUUAAGGACUGUUCAAAGAAACCCCCCAAUACCCGAAGAGGUACUAACCGGACCCCUCAAUUAUUAGCCCUGGAUGAAGAUUAG